AUGCCCCGCGACACAUACCAGCGUCUCCUCUUCGGCCCGUGGUGGAGCGGCUCCUCUUUGUCUUCCCGACGGCGCGUUUCUCUUCGUCCGAAGCAACAAUUUGUGCCUUGCUUCAAGCCACCGCGCUCCCGAGACCAAGGCUACCGUCAAAGCCCUGGGGGGCCCACGGCGGCUCGCCUCUGUCAUCCCAUCACGGCCUCAUCAUCUGAGACUCUUCGAACUAAUGUGCGAACAGAUGACCUAUUUCGGGAACGCGCAUGUUUAGGGCCCGUUGGCCACAAAAAUCUCUUCAGCGCGACCAAGCCCGUUAGGUCUCGACGCGACUAG